AGAGGGUGUGUGCCCCAUGAGCCCUGCAGACGUGGCAGCUCCGGGUAGGGGCUGAGCGGGGGCAGCCAGCUCUCCUUUGCCCAGCUGGCCUCCAGUCCCAAGGGAGCCCUGCACCAGUCCCGGACAAUGCAAAAGGCCGAUAACGGUGUGCUGUUGCGUUCUCCAGCCGUGAAUGGGUCCUUGGGGCAGGAGCCCCAGAGGCAGCUUCCGGAGGUGUUGGGUGGAGCCUGGGAACCACUUCAUGGAGAUGGGCUGCCUCCGCUCACCAUCAUCGUUGCCGCCUUUGUCCUGCUGGCAGUCUGUAUUGUGGUGGCAGUCCACUUUGGGCCAAGGCUACACCAAGGCCACGCUACUCUCCCCACAGAGCCACCAGCCCCAAAGCCAGAAUAUGGCAUCUACCUCAUCCACUGGAGGCUGCUGGGCCCCCAGGACAGUCACAAAGAAGACCAGCAGGGACCUCCUAUCCCUGAAACCUAUCCUACUCCAGAAGGGCCCAGGCCCAGCAUUGAUGAAGUCACAUAUCUGUAGGAGGGAGAAGUUAAUCUGAUCUGGCUCAACACAAGAAACUGAACAGAGAAUUAGAGCAAAAGCAAACUGGAGUCUGAGUGUCAGAGCUGUGGAUGGGCACACUGGGCUCAGCCAGAGCUGCCUUCCCCAUAUGAUUCUGAAAAGAGCUCUUCACGGACAGGAAAAAUGAAAGAAGCUUGAGGGCAGGGCCUUGCACAGAGACAUGCUGCUGCAGGCGUUCCCGGGGUCUAAGGCUGCCCUUACUUACAAAGACAUGCCUCCCACACGGACCUCCUGACCCUAACCUGAGUCCCUGCUCCCUUCUUGCACCCUUAAUCUCCCUCCCUUUUGUUGAAAAGGGAGGGAAACUGUGAAAGAUUCCACCACUCAUCCCAAUCCCAAGCAGGAAUGUGAGACACUCCAUGGAUUCCCUGGAUCCCAUGAAAGUCCAGUUAGGGAGAGCUACAGCAAAGAACCCAUGGUCUGCCUUUUCUGAGACUCUGAGAAUUCAGGGAUUCACCCAUGGGGGGGCGGGGCAAAUCUUUAGUUCAGGGCCUAGGUCUUGUUGACAAUGUCUAAAGCCUUUGGAAAUCCCAAGCACCAUUUAUAGUUCAA